AAACGGUAAACCGGAUCAACACUUUCACCUGUCGCGCUGGUUUUUACCUCAGUCUCAACUGUGCGGGUCUUGGCUUUUAAAAAACAUCAUCAGAAAGGGAGAAACCGUCGGACGGCGAAGAGCUGCGUAGGAUGUUUGUAUGAUGACAGACGGUCGCAGCCGGUGUGUUGGUGCACAGCCUGAUCAGAAAGCAUGGGGCUCAAGCUCAGUGGCAAGGGACAACAGAGCCACAGGAUGGUGAUCUUGGCGGCCAUCUUCGUCCUCAUGACACUGCUGAUCCUGUAUGGCUCCAACAAUGUCAUCGAUGACGUCUAUGCUCCCUUCCAUGUGGCUUCAACUCAUGCACUCAGGAACACAGAUCUGAAGAAGUGGGCAGGGAGAGACGGUUAUGUGUCAGUUUAUGGGAACAAGAAUAUGACCCUACGCUGUCAUAAGUGUGCGCUGGUGACGAGCUCCAGCCACGUCCUGGGUACUGGAGCAGGAAAAGAGAUCGACCGCACAGAGUGUGUGAUUCGGAUGAAUGACGCCCCCACGCUGGGGUACGAGACUGAUGUAGGGAACCAGACCUCUCUGAGGGUCGUAGCCCACUCCAGUGUGUUCAGGGUGGUCCGGAGGCCAAAUGAGUUCCUACACCGGGCAGACAGCAACCCUAUGAUCAUCUUCUGGGGACCCCCAAACAAGAUUGGAAAGGAAGCCAAAGGAACCUUGUACAGAUUGAUCCAGAGAGUCGGCAUGACCUACAGCAACUUGUCUUGUUUCACUAUCACAGCCAGCAAGAUGCGCAGGUUUGACAACCUGUUUCAAAGGGAGACGGGACGAGAUAGACAAAAAUCUCACUCGUGGUUGAGCACAGGCUGGUUCACCAUGGUCAUAGCCAUUGAGAUAUGUGAUAAUAUCAAAGUAUAUGGGAUGGUUCCACCGUCCCACUGUGGAAAAAAAACUGGAGCCAAGAAGAUGCCCUACCACUACUACAAGCCCAGGGGGUCUGAUGAAUGUGUCACGUACAUACAGAACGAGGCGGGCCAAAGAGGGAACCACCAUCGCUUUAUCACAGAGAAACACGUGUUUGCACGCUGGGCAAAACAAUACAACAUCACCUUCGCUCAUCCCGAAUGGUGACAAGACUUUCGUGAAAACCGCAGAGAGAUCCCACAGAGGCCUGAAUGAAAAAAGCGCUUUGAGCUGGAUUUUACUGUAAUUUCCCCUGAAUGAUUCUUCAAAAAGCCACAAGCUGAAUGACAGCUAUGUUCAGGAAUGGCCACGAGGGUGAAAAGCUUUGAAAAAGAAACUAUUAAUGGACCAAAUGACUGCCCGGGCAUGUUUUCUGUCACAGUAGAUGGCCGAGUCUCAUACAUGUGGCGGCCGUCCGACAAGUGUUUUUGUAAUCAGAAAAGAUGAAUUUUUACAUGUUUAUAAUAUUUUUGUUAUGUACUGAAAAUGCAAUUCCAUUUCCAGUGUUGCAGGAUUACAUCAACAAGCGAUCUCAUUAGAUGUGAUAAAGCAUUAUACUCUAUUAGCUCUUCAUUAUACAGAGAUUAUACUUACAGUAAUUAGUAUUAAUCAUAGAUCGCUUAUUCACACACACAUACAAUGUAUACUGGAGCCUAACAGUGAAGAAUGUGAGCAAUAUGGCUGGGUACCGUUUCGCAAUUCCUGAAUCGAUGUCAUAACUGUACUUUUCAGCACUUUAGGAUGAAUUAUAUAAAUAUUUUUACGCAUUUGUAUACAAAAAAGCCCAAAAGUAUCAGUGUUUAACAUCUUAGCACAAAGAUCCAUAUAACAACCAAGUAACAGUCUAAAAUCAGCAAAAUUGUGAAUCAAGGGAUUUAUAAGUAAAGACAACUAAUCUGACAAAGGAUUCAGUAAAAGAUUACAGCACUUGGUGCUACACACAUUUUCAUCUGUAUUAAAAGAAACCUUCAAUUUGAGGGAUGUCAUCAGCAUCUGCAAAGUGAUUUCAACUGCUCGUCUCACCCUGAUGUAUCCUCAAUUUGAAGACACUUCAUUGUAAGAUUUUUGCUGCACUAGUUAAUUUUAAUGUUUUCAUGAAAAGUAGACAAUGAACUUGUUGAAUGAACCGUUGCCUCAUGAACGUAAACCUUUUCACCUCUGUGGCAUUUCAGCGCAUGCAGCUCAAGUUCAAAUGGUUCACAGAAUGCGUCAUGGUCAUGUUAUGUACCAGUAUUUUGCCCUAAGGGCUGCACGACUAAAUUAAAACUGAAAUUGCAGUUUUUACUGUAGAAGCAUGAA